GGGGCGCGCCGUCAGUGCGCAGGCGCGGGGAGCUCGCCUCUCGCGACACCGAAUGCCGGGCGGCUGCGCAUGUGCACUGGGAGCCGUCAGGUCACGAUGGUAAUACGGAGGCUGCUGGUGUUGUUUGGCAGUCAGACUGGCACAGCGCAGGAUGUGGCUGAGCGGAUCGGCAGAGAAGGAGUGCGGCGCCACUUUGUGUGCAGAGUGUUGCCACUGGAUAGCUACACAAUAGCUGACCUGAUCCAGGAGCCCCUGGUGGUGUUUGUGUGUUCCACCACAGGCCAGGGUGAACCUCCAGACAACAUGAAGAAGUUCUGGCGGUUUAUCUUCCGACGCAAUCUUCCUGCUGCCUCUCUCUCGCUGGUGAACAGCGCUGUCCUUGGUCUCGGAGAUUCCUCCUACCCCAAGUUUAACUUCAUUGCCAAGAAGCUGAAUAAGCGUUUGAUGCAGCUGGGAUCUAAGAAUCUUCUACCCCUGGGUUUGGGAGACGACCAGCAUGAUCUGGGACCCGACGCUGUCAUCGACCCCUGGCUGAAAGACUUCUGGGCCCUCGCUUUAACAAUCUACCCGCUGCCACCAGGAUUAGCCGUGCUUGGAGAUCACGUCAUAUUGCCAUCAAAGUACAGCUUGCAGUUUGAGGGGGAUGCCAGCAAUGAUUCAGCGGUGGGACCAUACGUGACCAACAAACACUCUACAUGCCCUCCCUCCUCGCUCCAGCCAUUCCCAGCAAGGAUGAUCACCAUUGAAAGGGUGACCGACGAAAGCCACUUCCAGGACGUGCGGCUCAUCACCUUCGAUGUCACUGACUCUGGCAUCCAAUAUUCAGCAGGGGACGUUGUAAUGAUUGAACCUCGAAACCCAGCGGACAGCGUGGACCAGUUCUGUCAACUCUUCCAUCUUGAUCCACACAAAACCUUUACCCUGAAGCCCAAUGAUCCAGCAACACCAGCUCCCGCUCGACUGCCACAACCCUGCACAGUUCAGUACCUGGUGGAGCGGUACCUGGACAUCACCGCCGUCCCCCGACGCUCCUUCUUCCAGCUUCUGUCGUGCUUCUCCACUGACGAGAUGGAGCAGGAGAAGUUGCAGGAAUUCAGCUCAGCAGAGGGACAGGAAGAGUUGUACAGCUACUGCAACAGGCUGAGACGGACCACGUUGGAGGUGCUGUUUGACUUCUCACGGACCACGGCCGCAGUCCCAGUUGACUACCUCUUUGACCUCAUCCCUGAAAUCCGACCUCGGGCAUUUUCCAUUGCCUCCUCCCAGUUGGCUCAGCCCAAACACAUCCAGAUUCUCAUGGCCGUGGUUCAGUACAAGACCAAGUUGAAGAAGCCUCGUUGUGGCCUAUGUUCCAGUUGGUUGGCAGCUCAGAGCCCAGAGAAAGGUGAUGUGUACGUGCCACUGUGGGUGAAGAAGGGGCUGCUACAAUUUCCAGCAGACAUUGACACGCCCGUUAUCAUGGUUGGACCAGGCACAGGGGUGGCACCGUUCCGAGCGGCAAUACAAGAACGGGUCGCAAGUGGGAGGAAAGGCAACUACCUGUUCUUUGGCUGUCGUGGGAAAACAAAGGAUUUCUUCUGCGGGGCCGAGUGGGAGGAUCUGCAGCAGCGGGGUUGCCUGACUCUCUACACAGCGUUCUCUCGCGACCAGGAGCAUAAAAUAUACGUCCAACAUCUGAUAAAGGAGCAUGGAGAUGUCGUUUGGGACUUGAUUCGGAACAAAAAGGCAAACUUCUAUAUAGCAGGCAAUGCCAAGAUGAUGCCAAUGCAGGUCACUGAUGCCCUGACGUCCGUGUUCCAGUCAGAGGGAGGCCUGUCUGACACCAACUCUGAGAACCUGCUGGUGGAACUGGAACGUUGCAAGCGGUUCCAGACCGAGACCUGGUCUUGAGGGUCUCCGGCACUCAUGGGUGGGAGGCCAGAUCCCUGGACAGCUGUGAGUGCCCCUGCAGGGUGCCCGGUCUCAGGCUGGGAUCAGCCUGCUGCUCACUGCUGAGGGGAAGGAGAUUGCACGCUGUAACAUCACUGGUCAUUCAAUGAUUCACAAGUACAGUGAUAGCCCGGUACAAUCAUGACUCCGACCUCACCUCAGCACAAGUGUCACCACGUUCUGGCACUGACCAAGUUACAAUCUGUGAUUACACUGACCAGACUGAAUGUGACAAUGUAAUGAAAUAAAAUGGAGAGCAGCAGCUAUGGGCUGCAGGAUGGAU